UGUAGUUAAGAUUAGUUGAAUCGUAGAUAUAGAUAGACCGAAAUUCUUUCGUAUAAAAAAAUAAUGUUUCUAAAACAAGAAUCUUUUUCUAACCUUAGUCAAAUAGCCAUUUGAAUGUAAGGAUUUGAGGACCAAACGGUAAACGAAUAUGCAUGAAACACAGAAACCUACAAAGUUUUAAAUAGUACAUGGGCUAUUUUUGUAGUUGUUUAAUAACUAAAGAGCAAAAUUCCAAGAAAGAAGGGAAAGAGAACACGAACCUGUGGCUGCAAAUUGGCUAUCACUACGUCUCUUCUCCUAAACCCCAUUGAAGCUAACACACCUCCUACAUCUCCCUUUCUUGGUGUCUUCGUGUGUUUCUAAAUCAAUUGAAAACCGAAGGAACCAAGAUUCUGAUUAGGAUUAGCAGUUAUUAAUUUCUCCAAAUCCCCUCAUUUAUAUUACGAAAAAGAUGCUCCCCUUUUCGUUCAUGGCCUACAAUGAUUCUUGAUCACAUGAGUGAAGAUCAAGUGAGCGAUAAGGAAUAAAGAGAAGAUAAGAUUAAUUAGUGAACUCUAUUAUUCUUCAACAAAUACCCUAUAGGCCCUAGAACAGUAGAAAUUCCAUGGUUAUGUCUACUUGAAAACCCGAAUCAAGAAAACAAGAUCCGAACUUUAUAGUUUAACUGUUCACGAUCGAAAUUAGGAUCUGGGCUUUUCAAGAUUUGGUGUUUUGAAGGAUUUGAGAUGUCGAGUGGGUGUAGUAUAGUGUGGUUUAGGAGAGAUCUGAGGGUAGAAGACAACCCUGCUUUGACUGCAGGUGUUAGGGCAGGAAACGUGAUAGCAGUGUACAUAUGGGCACCUGAAGAAGAAGGUCAUUAUUACCCUGGAAGGGUGUCGAGAUGGUGGCUAAAACAGAGUUUAGCUUUAUUGGAUUCGUCUUUGAAAAACCUUGGUACUUCUCUUGUUACCAAGAGAUCUACUGAUAGCGUUUCUUCUCUUCUUGAAAUUAUUAAAUCGACUGGUGCUACUCAGCUGUUUUUCAAUCAUUUAUAUGAUCCGUUGUCUCUGGUUAGAGAUCACAGAAUGAAGGAGAUUUUAACAAGUAAUGGGAUAUCAGUACGUUCAUUUAAUGCGGAUUUAUUAUAUGAACCAUGGGAAGUUCUUGAUGAUGAAGGUCGUCCAUUCAAUACAUUUACACAAUUUUGGGACAGGUGUCUUAGCAUGCCUUAUGAUCCUGAAUCUCCACAACUCCCACCAAAAAAGAUAAUCUCAGGCAAUUUAUCAAAGUGUUGUUCGGAAACAUUAAUAUUCGAGGAUGAAUCCGAAAAAGGAAGCAAUGCACUUCUAGCCCGGGCAUGGUCACCGGGCUGGAGCAAUGCAGAUAAAGCCCUGGCGGCUUUCAUCAACGGGCCACUUCUCGAAUACUCCAAAAACCGUAGAAAAGCGGAUAGUGCUACCACAUCAUUCCUAUCUCCCCACCUCCAUUUUGGGGAACUUUCUGUACGAAAAGUCUUCCAUUUAUUACGAAUCAAACAAGUCCUUUGGGCCAACGAAGGUAACACCACAGGUGAAGAAAGCGUAAAUUUAUUCCUUAAAUCUAUUGGGCUUCGGGAAUAUUCAAGGUACAUGAGUUUUAAUCACCCAUAUAGUCACGAAAGGCCUCUUUUGGGGCAUUUGAAGUUUUUUCCUUGGGUGAUAGACGAGGGGUACUUUAAGGCGUGGAGACAGGGUCGAACGGGUUACCCGUUGGUUGAUGCGGGUAUGAGAGAGUUAUGGGCCACGGGUUGGCUCCAUGAUAGGAUACGGGUUGUGGUUGCAAGCUUUUUUGUGAAGGUUUUACAGUUACCAUGGAGAUGGGGAAUGAAGUAUUUUUGGGAUACGCUUUUGGAUGCGGAUCUUGAAAGUGAUGCUUUGGGUUGGCAGUAUAUUACGGGUACUUUACCCGAUGGCCGUGAAUUUGAUCGUAUCGAUAAUCCACAGUUUGAGGGCUAUAAAUUUGACCCGAAUGGCGAAUACGUACGGAGAUGGCUACCGGAACUUGCUAGACUACCGACGGAAUGGAUUCACCACCCCUGGGAUGCACCGGAAUACGUCCUUCAAGCUGCCGGAAUCGAGCUCGGAUCCAACUACCCUCUCCCGAUUGUGAAAAUGGAUGAGGCAAAAGCCCGAUUACAAGAAGCGCUUACUCAAAUGUGGCAGCACGAAGCGUCUUCUCGAGCGAUUCUGGAAAAUGGGAUAGAAGAAGGGCUUGGAGACUCGUCGGAAACUGCUCCGAUUGCUUUCCCUCAAGAUAUGGAGAUGGAGAUGGAUGAGAAUACGCUGAGGACAAACCCUACGACCACCACGAUCCGUCAUUACGAAGACCAAAUGGUUCCGAGUAUGACGACGUCGUUGUUUAGGGGAGGGGAAGAGGAAUCGUCUUCAGAAAUUGGAAAUUUUAGGGAAGAUAGCAGGGCGGAAGUUCCGAUUAAUCAAGGUGGAGAUGGAGAUGGAGAGGGUCAAACGGUGAGAACGGGUAAUAUGCAGCCACCGAUUGAUAUCACGAGGGCGUUGAGAAUUACGGAUGAUUUGCCGGCGGAUUCUUCCAACAGUUCGAGUUCAAGUUCGAGGGAAAGAGAUGGAGGUGUUGUGCCUGUGUGGUCGCCUUCCACUUCUAGUUUUUCGGAGACGUUUGUUGGUGAAGAUAGUUCUUAUUUGCAGAGGCGUACGCAAUCUCAUCAAUUAAUCAACAACUGGAGGCGGCUUUCGCAAACCGGGUGAUCUGUGUUUGUGAAUGCGAGAAGGUGGAAGCUUGAAGAUGGUAUGUGCUAUAUGAGAUGAUCGUGGGUCUUCAUUUUCCGAUCUGACCUGAUCCAACGGUGGACGAUCUGUGGGCAGAAAUUCAGAUUUUUUGAAACCGAAAGAUAAAGCUUCUUUGCUUCUUUUAGUUGUGUUGUGCUUAUGCUGUAUAGUAACUGGUAGUGAUGUAGUAUAUAAAUUGCAUGCAUCUACGUGUAUGUAUGUUAUAUAUACGUAUAUGUGAUAUGUAUAUGUAUAAGUAUGUGUUUAUGUUCAUUAUCAUCUUUGUAGCCAGGGUUGAAUUUUAGCGCGUUGGCCAAUCUUGUAUUGCUGUGUGCUAAAAAUGUAGGAAUUGUGGCAUUUCUUUCUUUUUUGCUUUUCCAUUUGGCAAUUUGGCGCCAGCACCGGUGGUCAUUUGUCCAUGCUGACUCGACUAGACUUUUAGGUCCGUGUCGACUUGGUCUUUAUAACUCUACUUGUUUCGGAUGGUGUUUAGGGUUUUUUUUUGGAAUAACUUUUGGUUUUUAACUUUUCUAAAAAGUGAAAAAGAUGUAAAGAAAAAAAUAUAUGGAU